AUGAUGAGCUCCUCGCAGAACGGUGCGCCACCGCCGCGCUCGUCGAAUCGUCCAGCUCGACCGUCGUCUUCGUCGUGCCACCAAACCAGUGGCAACAACGGCGGUAGCGCUCACAAGACGUCGGCCCAGCUCCCACGCACCGACACGCCUCUGUACAAACCUCUCUGCUAUUUGGGCAAAGGCAGCUUUGGCGUGGUGCUGCUGGCAGAGGACACACAUAGCGGUGAAAAGGUCGCCAUCAAACGCGUCCGCUACGAUCCGAGGCUGCACAACCGCGAAGUGACCAUCUUGAACUCCGUCCUCGUCGACCACAAGGCAUCAAGCAAGCUCAACGUAGCACCCUGCAGCGAUGCGAGCCGCAGCAGCUCACCACUUACCCCAUUUGCGGAGAAAAAUGUAGAGGAGUGGACCGGCAUUCACCACCCGAACAUCGUCGCGUUGAUGGACUCGUACGUUACCUACGAUCGCGCCCCGACGGAGGCGGACGCGACGGCCGCUGCGGCCGCGGCUGCUGCUUUCCACGCACAGAUGGCCGGUGUUGCUGGACAUCAUCCUGACAGCGAGUUUUUCUCGCAGAUGCACCAAUCUGCUGCUGCGGGGCCCGCCUACGCCUAUCUCGAGAUGGUCAUGAGCUACCUCCCUAUGGACCUCAACGCCCUCAAGAGACACUUUUACCGCCACCAUCUGAUGCCGACGGCGUCGUCGUCCACGCAGCUCUUCUCGUCCUCCGCUAAUGCUGCCGCGGCGAAGGCAGAAGGUGAGGCAGAGAACAACGAGGAGGGACGGGCGCCGCAGGUCUCGGCGUCUCCGCCGCGCGCCACCGGCAGACCUGUUUCCCCCAAAGUUGGUGCACACAUGCCGCUGCGGUGGGUGAAGAUUUUUCUCUUCCAGCUUGCGCGUGCGCUAGCCUUCAUGCAUGCCCACCAUGUCUGCCAUCGCGACAUUAAACCGGCCAACGUUCUCGUUGAUCCUGACACGGGGCGUCUUCAGCUGUGCGAUUUUGGCAGCGCGAAGGAGAUCCUGUACCCUACCAAGGAGAAGAACGUGUCCUACAUUUGCUCUCGCUACUACCGAGCGCCGGAGCUGCUCUUUGGCGCGCUGCACUACGGCUGUGAGGUGGACAUGUGGUCCUUCGGCUGCAUCCUCGCGGAGCUGCUGCGGGAAUCGGGCCGUCCACUUUUUCGUGGCUGCACCUCCGUGGAUCAAAUGGCGGAGAUCUUCAAGGUGAUGGGGGCGCCGUCGAAGCGGGAGAUGUACGCGAUGAACCCGCAGUGUGCCGAGGCGCUGCUGCGCACCCACGCGAUGCACAAGCCGCGGUCCAUGCCGGGGGCUGUGUUUGGGCCGCAGAGAGACGAGGUGCUGGGCGAGGAGGACGGGGACCUGCACGGUGGUUCCGGCCAUGCCGGGUAUGACGGCUUCAUGGACGACGACGAGGAGGAUGCGUUGGAAGGCGGCAACGCGGCAUCCACUGCCCGACACGCACCGAGCCCCUCUGCGCGCUCUGCCUUUCCUCAUCGUACCGAUGGUGGAGACGUGAGCGACGACGACACCCUCGUGCGAGACGAGAUGGCGAUGCCGUUUGAUGAGUACUACAACGUCCUGAAGGUGCGUGCGAUUCCGUGGAAGACGCUCUUUCCGGUCGACACACCGAAUGAGGCGGUCGCGCUGGCGACGGCGUUGCUCUGCUACGUACCGCAGAAACGCCUCUCUGCACUGGAGGUAGUGGAACACGCCUUCUUCGACGACCUCUUUGCGCCUGCUCCGUCGAGCGCAGCGGAAGGUGCCGCCGCGGAAGCGCACCGGACGGCAAGCACCGGUGCGGAGGAGGAGGAGAACGCGUCGCUGCGGAUGCCGAAUGGCCAGUUUGUGCCGCUGGAGAUGUUUCAGGUGACCGAGACGGAGCGCGAGCUAUUCACGGAGGCGUUUUUGGCAAAGAUGGCGCGACAGGCAAAGCUGGUCGCCGCUGCCAUGAAGAAAGAGGCACAGGGCUGA